AGGAGCUGAACGCCAGGUGUGGACCUUCACAAGCCUCAGGAUACUCUUUCCUACAGAUUGCACUGCCUGGGCCCUUGGGGAGUCUUUGUACAGCAAUUAAGCUAUGACAGGGAAAAGCCAGAAGCCUUGGAAGUAGGUGAUGGGUCUCUUUGGAAAACUCUAGACACAGGUGUAUCUUCUCCAUGCACCUGGGAACAGGGAGAAUGCGCAAUGUAAACUCACAAAAUUGAGUUAAGGAAAGAGGAGAUACUUAAGUCUUUUUGUGUGGGGGUGCAUUGAUCGAUUUCCUUGGGGUAAAGUGGAGACGCGUUUAUUGCAGUGUGCAUAUAAUUCAUGCCUGUUUUUGAGAGCAGAAGCCUGGGGUUGUUUAUGACCAGAGCUCAGCUGAUUUGGGUUAGCACAGUCUUUUCUGGAGGCAAGAGAGCCUGAGCAUUCCUCAGUGGCUGUGUUAAUGCCAAAUGUACCUACGGUCCUGAAGCUUGUUUAACCAGCAGCUGAGCGAGUGUGAAAGUCCCCUGCUGACCCCUGGGUUGUGGAGCCACCUGCUCAGGUGGUGGGUGCAGGACCCUGGCUCAGCAGUCAAGCUGAGCGGAGUGGGGUGGUGGAGGGGAAGGGAGCAGAGAUCUGGUAAACCCGCCAGGAGCGCAGGGAAGUGCGUUAACCUACACCACUGCUGCAGUGUGGGGUCCUGGGUUUGGAUAGGGGAAACAAAAAACACAGUGUAGGAUUUGGAGGAUCUGGUGUCGAAGGAGAAUGUCCAGUCCCUUGUGCAGUCUGUUAGCUUGCUCCCGAAUACUCUCUAGUUUCUACCUCUUUUAGGCUAGCGAUGAGAAGGACUGCUAGAGUACCGGUUGUGGGCAGGCAUGUCAGAAGUACACUAAUGGAUCCUAGGACCGGCUCCUUCCCGCGGCAGUCAUCUUCCUGCUUGCAUCUAAUUGAAGUCCGUUUAGAGCCCAGGACUGUUGCUCAACCUGCCUGAGUCCAACCAAGAGGUCCAGGCCCCCACUGGAGGGGGCAGCGAAAAGGUUAUGGGCGUUCAGGCGCUAAAGAGGUCGUGACGCCAAACUCUUGUCUAUUUUGUUCACACAUUCUGGACGAAUCUACCCUCUCUCAGUCUCCUUACCCCACCCCCACCCUGUUCCUCAGCAAUGACCUCAAGGCAAAGACAGCCCGUGGACAGCUGCCUCCCUGCUGCAGCAGUGUAGGUAGCUCCAGCUAUGACGCGGUCAGAGCUCUGAUUGGCGGAGAGAUUUGUGAGGACCCCCCCGCCCCCAAGACCAGAGAAUAAGAGACCGGGACUCUGGGGACCAGGCGUCUACAGCCAGCCGUGUGUGCUCUUCUCCAGUGGACACUCGGCUCUCGCUGUGGAACACUCGGGUUACCAGAGGCAUCAUGGGCUUCUGGAAGUUCUUUCCCUUUCUGGCUCUCAGCAGCGUAUGGAUCCUGUGCCUGGCCAGCAGCCUCCAGGCAGCACCUUUCAGGUCAGCCUUGGAGAGCAGCCUGGACCCUGAUGCCCUCAGCAAACAGGAAAAGCGGCUCUUGCUGGCUGCACUGGUGCAGAACUACUAUGAGCAGAUGAAGGCCAGGAAGCUGGAGCAGGAGGAGCAGGAGGCUGGGGGCUCCAGCAUCACUGGCCAGAAGAGAUCCUGCAACACUGCCACAUGUGUGACCCAUCGGCUAGCGGGCUUGCUGAGCAGGUCAGGGGGGAUGGUGAAGGACAACUUUGUGCCCACCAAUGUGGGCUCCAACGCCUUUGGCCGGCGCCGCAGGGACCUUCAGGCUGAGUAGCUAAUGGCCCCAAGAAGAAGGUUACGUGAAACCGAAUUCAUCCUGCCUAUUAUUUUUUGUUAGCAACGACCUGGGAAGAGGGCCCCAUGGACAAAGCGCGCGUUUGCAUCCUGAUAGAUACUGGAGAAGAUCACUGUCACUUGAGAGGAAUGAAACUGAGUGGAAAUGAGUUAACUCUGUGUUUGUUUGCAUCAUUUUUAUGCUGAGUCUGUGGCCAGUCAAUGUGGUGGCGUCUCCCACUGGCUUCCCUAACAGCAAACCACACAGGUUCUUUGAGAGCCACCCAACUGAUGGCUCUGCUGACCCUUAGGGAGACGUGAAAUCACUGCCUCUUGUAGCCUCUGGGGACUCUUGGUAGAGGAGAUACUGUGCCUUGGUGUCUCAGAACAUUUAUUUAAGGAAAAGUAACAAUUGUACCAUUUGUGAACUUCAUCAAGAUUAAAACAUAUUUUGAAUACA